AUGGCACGCAUCAAGCGCGGUGUGACCGCCCAUGCGCGGCACCAGAAGGUCCGCAAGCUCGCCAAGGGCUAUCGCGGGCGCGGCAAGAACGUCUUCCGCGUCGCGGUCGAGCGGGUCGAGAAGGGCCUGCAGUACCAGUACCGCGACCGCCGGGCGCGCAAGCGCAACUUCCGCAGCCUGUGGAUUCAGCGCAUCAACGCCGCCGUGCGCGCGCACGACGAGGCGAUGACCUACGCGACCUUCAUCGACGGCAUGACCAAGGCCGGCAUCGAGGUCGACCGCAAGGUCCUGGCCGACAUCGCCGUGCACGAGCCGGAAGCCUUCGGGUCCCUGGUGGCGCAGGCCAAGGCCGCCCGCGCCUCCGCCCUGAAGGGCGAGCUGCUGGCCCAGAUCGACUCGGCCGGCGACCUGCGCGCCCUCGAGGAGGUGCGCGUCGCCGUCCUCGGCAAGAAGGGCCGGGUCACCGAGCUGAUGAAGGGGCUGGGCGGCCUCUCGCCGGAUGCGCGGCGCGAGGCGGGCCAGCGGCUCAACGCGCUCAAGGACGCCCUCGCCGAGGCGAUCGAGGCGCGCAAGGCCGCGCUCGCCGAGGCCGAGCUGGAAGCGCGGCUGGCGGCGGAGACGGUCGACGUCACCCUGCCCGCCCGCCCCUUCAGCGUCGGGCACAUCCACCCGAUCAGCCAGACGGUGGAAGAGCUGGUGGCGAUCUUCGGCGAGAUGGGCUUUUCCGUCGCCGAAGGCCCCCACAUCGAGGACGACUUCCACAACUUCGACGCCCUCAACAUCCCGCCCGAGCAUCCGGCGCGCCAGGAACACGACACCUUCUUCCUGCCGCCGCGCGACGAGGGCGAGGCGCCGCUGGUGCUGCGCACCCACACCAGCCCGGUGCAGAUCCGCACCAUGCAGAAGGCGACGCCGCCGAUCCGCGUGAUCUGCCCGGGGCGCACCUUCCGCGCGGACUCCGACGCCACCCACUCGCCGAUGUUCCAUCAGGUCGAGGGGCUGGUGAUCGACAAGAAGACCCACAUGGGCCACCUGAAGGGCACGCUGAUCGAGUUCUGCCGGGCCUUCUUCGGCAUCGACGACCUGCCGGUGCGCUUCCGCCCCAGCUACUUCCCCUUCACCGAGCCCUCGGCCGAGGUCGACAUCGGCUGCGCGCGCAAGGGCGGCACGCUGAAGAUCGGCGCCGGCGCCGACUGGCUGGAGAUCCUGGGCUCGGGCAUGGUGCACCCCAAGGUGCUGGCCAACUGCGGCCUCGACCCGGAGGUCUACCAGGGCUACGCCUUCGGCAUGGGGAUCGAGCGUCUGGCCAUGCUGAAGUACGGCAUUCCCGACCUGCGCACCUUCUUCGACAGCGACCUGCGCUGGCUGCGCCACUACGGCUUCGACCACCUGGAGACCGACGCUCCGCUCGACGCCAUCGUCGAGAAGCUGUCGCUGAUCGGCCUCGAGGUCGAGGGGGUCGAGGACCCGGCCGCCAGCCUGGCCCCCUUCACCGUGGCGCGGGUGGUCGCCGCCGAGCCGCACCCCGACGCCGACCGCCUGAAGGUCUGCCGCGUCGAGACGGCCGCGCACGGCACCGUGCAGGUGGUCUGCGGCAUGGAGCUGAAGCCGGGCAGGAUUCGCGGCGUCGAGUCCAACGGCAUGCUGGUCUCGGAACGCGAGAUGGGCCUGAGCGACAAGCACAGCGGCAUCAUCGACCUGAGCCCAGCCGAAGGCGCCAGGGCGCCGGCCGUCGGCACGCCGCUGUCCGCCGUGCUGGGGCUCGACGACCCG